CUCACCUCAGCGCCUCAGGACACCGCCCUUCCGGCACACUCCUGCUGUCCCCGGCCACGGGCCCGCCGUGCGCCAGGAUUCCCGUGGCCCCGACUGCUCUGGCGCGGGGCUGACCACAGUACCUGCCGGCUCCCAUGGCCGGCCCGACGCCCCCGCAACACGGGGCUCCCCGGGACCUCCCAGUUCUGAACCUGGAGGGCUCCCACGGCCCUGGGGGGCGCCUAUGGCCUCAGCUUCAGCCGCGAAACUGGCUCCUGAGCCGGCCCCACACGUCAGUCAGGUCACUACUGCGGACUCGGGCUUUCAACCCACCUCAGCACGGGGCCGCUCCCAGGGCUCCAGGGCCCAGACGCACCCCGGGGCCCGGCUGCCCCCCAAGAACUUUGACUCUACACGGUUCCCACCAACCAGACCCCAGGCCUCUCCGGGACAGGCCCGUCCUGACCUCGCUGAGGCCCCACCGCCGGGGCUCCCAGGCCGCUUCAGUGUCUGACUGCCCGCAGUCUAACAUCCGGACCCCACGUUCCCGAUUUGCCGACCGCCUGGCCAGCCUUGGUGGCGCCAGUGGCCCCAGACAUAUUGCAGGAGCCGAAAAACCAGGCCGCGGCCUGGCCUUGUAUCCCGUCGGCCGGAUCCAGAUGGCCGGUUCACCCAGCGCUCUGGCACCUGGUGGGUCCCUGUGCACCCGGGAUGCAGGACCACCUGCAGCAUACCGCUCAAGUAAAUCUUCCUUAAAUGACAAAGAAGGAAUAUACUAGAUAUUUGCUAAAGAAGUAAGAAGAAUUGUGAAUGGAUGCCUCAUUGACUUCUGCUUUCUCUAUUGGACCCUUCUGGUUUACCAGUGAGUCUUUGCAGAGAAAAAAUAUCUAAAAAAGAGAACAC